AUGGUGUACGCCUCGCCUGAAUUGUUAGACAUGAAUCAGACUCCCACCAAAAAAGUAAUCCCUGAAGAAUUAAUUCCUGCACUUCCCAUUAGCAUGCGCCAAGCGGCUACCCAAUUAGCUUCACAACAGUUGAACUGUUUAGGUUUGUUGGAGGCUAUUAUGGACCUGGCUGGUACGGUUGCUUCCGAAGAUGUAAAAGUACUGAUGGAUAGAUUAGCAAUUCAAGCACCUGAAUUGCUAAUGAUCGGCUUAGCUCAAAUUCAGCCUAUCAAGAAUGAAUUACAUCGCACUUUACUUCCCAAGCUCUUGAAUAUUUUCUUAAUUGGUCAUGUAAAUUCUCCUCUGGUUAUACGAUUACUUUGGCACGUCCAACCCAACCUGUUAUUAGAAGGUUUCUUUGAAAUGUAUAAAAAGGACCCUACUUCUGUUUCACGUAUAUUAGAUAUUGCACAAGAAGCCAAGAUUGUUGUGCAUAUAUUGAAAACAGAUGUACCUUUCUUCACUUUGGAUUUAGCUUCUCUUGCCGCACGUCGACAAAAUUUGAAUUUAGAAAAAUGGUUAAUGGAAAGACUGGCCAAAGAUGGAUUUGCGUUUUUUGGUGCGUGUGUGGAUUUUUUGGAAAAGAAGUGUGCGAUAGAAAUGGCUCGCCAAUCAGGUGCAAAUGCCAUUCCUACCCUUCAAUUAUCCAUGGAUGUCAUUCGUGUUUUCUUUAGAAUUUUAUCAGAAAGACCCUUACCUCCUGCGGAAACUGCAAAAUUAACGAAAUUAAGUCAAUUAUACACUCAACUGUAUCCCCAAUUAAACGAGUAUAGAGGACAGGUCGAAAAGAAACCGGCUGGACUGGGUGAGGGAGGCGAAAACGAGAGAAAUUAUUCGGACGAGGUGGAAGAAAUGGUGCGUUUGUAUUUUGAAAGGUUGUAUACAAAGGAUAUCAGUGCCAGUAAGUUUGCUUCCGUCUUAAAUGCCUGUCGUACUUCCAACGAUCAACGACAAGUGAAUUUCUUUUCUUGCACUACCCACACAUUGUUGGAUGAAGCUCGUUUCUUUAUUCAAUACCCUGAAAACGAAUUAUUAGCUACAGGUGAACUUCUCGGUCUUUUAAUCGAACAACACCUCAUUUCGUAUGCUCAAUUGCGUGUCACUCUUAAAUUGAUUUUGGAUGCUCUCAAAUAUCCUGUUGGAUCCAAAAUGUUCAACUUUGGUAUCCAAGCUUUAGCUCAAUUCCGCAGUCGAUUAUUUGAAUGGCCACAAUACACACUUUUGCUGUCCAAGAUUGAGGGAUUAAGAGGAUUCCCUACGAUUGUGGAAAGUAUCGCUACGACGUUGAAACAAUUGGCGCAGAAAGAUCCUGAAGGUAAAAUGAUGCUGGGUUCGCCUAAAAUGACAACACCUACGAACGAAGGGAAUUCAUCAACAGCAGCGGAGAGAUCCACUGGAGGUGAUGCGGUCAAUGUAACCACACUUUUACAGAGUACGACGAAGCAAUCUUACGAAAAUCCACCCGAAAAGGUUCAGGAACGUGUGUCGUUUUUAAUCAACAAUUUAUCAGCGGGCAAUAUGCGAAGCAAAACGGUGGAGCUGAAGCAAUUAUUGCAAAAAUCCACUUGGGGUUGGUUUAGCCACUACCUGGUGGUACGACGUGUCAGCAUCGAACCCAAUAACCAUGAAUUGUAUUCAGCACUUUUGGACGAGCUUGAAAUCCAACAUUUGACGGAUACCGUGAUCGAGGAAACUUAUUUGAAUAUCAACCUUUUGUUACAAUCGGAGACCAUUGCCAAUUCUUCUUCCGAUCGAAACUUGUUAAAGAACUUGGGUAGUUGGUUGGGUAGACUGACGAUUGCCAAGAAUAAGCCUAUUCGCCACAAGGAUCUUUCGUUCAAAGAUCUCUUGGUUUCUGCUUUUGACAAGAAUCAAUUGGUGGUUGCCAUUCCUUUGGUCUGUAAAGUGUUGCAGCAUGCCAGUAACAGCAAGAUUUUUAAGCCUCCUAACCCUUGGUUGAUGGGUAGUUUGAAGGUUUUAGCCGAAUUGUAUUGGACAGAAGGUCUCAAAUUAAAUUUGAAAUUUGAAAUUGAAAUCCUUUACAAGACCUUAAACCUUGAUUUGAAUGAGAUUGAACCUACCUCCAUUUUAGAGAAGCACGCGGGUGGUCCUCCCGGUAUCAACAUCAAUCCGGAAAAAUCAGCUGCUUUCAAUGCUGCUGCUACUGCUUCUCCAGCUCUGUCUCAAAAGUCAAUUAAGACUAUCUUGGAAGAGCAACCUGAGCAAUCCUUGCAACGCCCUCCUUCUUUGCCACCCAUGAACCCUGCGCCACAACAGGACUCUCGUCCUGACAUUGAUGUUUCUCCCGUUUUAAACAAGCUGUUGAUUAACCCUGCCAUUGGUCAGCUUAUACUUCAGCAUCCUGUCAUUAAAAAUGCCAUCUUUUCAGGUGUUUCUGAAGCUUUCUCGGAAGUGGUACCACCCAUUAUUGUGACAUCGGCGAAUAUUGCCGCUGUUUCUACCAAGGAGAUGGUCCUGAAGGAUUUUGCUACUGAAGCCGAUGAGUCUCGCUUACAACGUGCUGCUCGUGCCAUGGUAUUACCACUUGCCUGUAGCUUAUGUGUUGUGACCUGUAAAGAACCCUUAUGUGCUAGCAUUAUCACUAUCAUCUGUGCUAAUUUGGUUCAAAAUGGACUCCCUGAACAACUAGCAGAAGAAAUCGCCUCUACCAUUGCUAACGAGAAUAUGGAAUUGUUUUGUGUUUAUGUCGAUCAGUUGACUAAGAUCAGAGCGUUGGAGGACGUAGACCGAGCUUUAGCACCCGCUUAUGCUAGUCGUAUAACUUAUCGCAAACAACAACAGCAACAGCAUAAUAAUGUUGCUCCGUUCUUUGAUGUGCUGAGCUUAAGUGGAGCACCUCAUUCAGUUCAAUUGCCUGAAAUGUUACGACCUACCCAUGGUAUUACCCCCGAACAAUUCCGAUUGUACGAAAGUUUUGAUCAAAGAACAUACCUUGCUAUGCAGCAACAGCAACAUCAACAACAACAGCAGCAGCAACAACAGCAACAUCAAAUGCAGCAAUUGUCGCCAGUGAAUAACUUUCAUCCCGAAGCAGCCGCUCAACUUCAGCAGCAACAGCAGUUUAUGGGUGCAACCGAUUCACCUAAUCCAGCCAUGGCAAGUAAUGCUAAUUUGUUGAAUGCUAAACUGGAACAGAUGCUUUUGGAUUUAGAUCGUAUUAUUCGACAAUCUGGAUUCAGUGCCAUCUCGCAAUUACCUCCCAACCACGAUAUAUGUUUGUUGAUACGACAAAUCCCUUUGCUUGUGACCCAAAGUCCCACACCUUUGCAGACGAUGGUUACAUUUGUUGAAAAGGUUGUCUUGAUGUUGUAUCAGAGCACUUCUCCAUUUGCAUUGGAAGUGUAUACAAUGUUCCUUCAGACUUUGUUUGAAAUCUCGGGCGAAGUUACCAAAGAAACGUUAUCCUGGUUGAUUUACGCUGAUGAUGAACGCAAGUAUAACUCACCUGCUGUUUCCAUGCUGAUCAAAUACGAACUUUUACCUCUCGAAGAGUACGAUGUUCAACUUGCCAAAUUGAUUAAUGCGAAGGCUGAUAGUGUGAUUGAGUUUGCUGGAAAUUUAAUGACGAUAUGUUUAACCACGCAAGAACCCAUCACCUUUUUGGAAGAUCAUAUCUUGACAGUCUCUGCCUUGUAUAAGCUUGUUAAAAACGAUGAAGCACCUGCUGUUGUAAGCUCAUUUAUUGACGACCUUCGAAAAAUGGUUGAAGAACCUUACGUAGAUAUCAAGCAUGACCUUGACUGUUUAGAACUUCGUAUGAUCAUGGCCGAAUGGGUUCGUCUGUGUCAACACCCCAUGGCUACCGAUGAUAUCUAUACAUCUUUGGCUCAACGCGUGAUGGAAAUUACCAAGGAUGAAGAGGGAAGAUGUUUCUUUUUUAGACUUUGUACCGAAACCUGUGUGAACCAUUACCUUGCAUUCCGCUCUGUCAGCACACUUCAUCAUCGCCGUAUGAUCCAUUUAAUUGACUCUGUUACUAAAUUGGUGUCAGCAAUGGUAAUUGAAGAAAAGAGUUCCGAUAAGGCCAAGGUGAAACUUUUAAAUGAUGCAUUAUCUGUUAUGAUCCUUGUAUUGUCACAGCACCAUGAGAGCCGUGGUGUCAACUUUAAUCAAAAGCCUUUCCUUCGAUUAUUUGCUUCCAUGUUCAAUGAAAUCAGUAAGAUUCGCACAAAGUCUAUUGACGCCAGUGCUCUUAUUACAUUCAGUGAUGCUUUGUAUACUUUGCAACCCAAUAACUUUCCUGGAUUUGCCUUCUCUUGGCUUCAAUUGAUUUCAUGUCGCUCUUUCUUGCCUCAAUUGCUUGUAGCAAAUGACGGCAAUGGUGCAAUGUUGUGCCAAAAGCUGACUCUUGCGUUACUCAAAUUCCUCAGCCCACUGUUAAACGGGCAACAAGAACUACCUCGCGCCACAAAAAUGUUUUACCGUGGUACACUUCGUGUUCUUGUUGUACUUUUACAUGAUUUCCCCGAAUUCUUGUGCAGCAAUUAUGUAUUGUUUGCACAAUCCAUCCCUCAUUCGUGUGUCCAGCUCCGAAAUCUAAUCCUCAGUGCUUUCCCCCGUGUGAUGCAUUUACCCGAUCCUUUUACCCCUGAUCUCAAAUUAGAAUUACUACCCGAGUCUCUGGAAGAACCUGUCUUUGAUCAAAGCUAUGCUGAUAUUUUGAACGAGAAUAACUUUAAGGCACAAGUGGAUGCAUUCAUCGGAAAUCAAAAUCAAGACUUUUAUCAGGCCUUAGAAGCUCAAAUUAACCUUGUACAACACGAUGAGAUAGAAGGUUACAAUACAGAAAUGUUGUGUGCCUUUGUUUUGUACAUUGGUGCUAAGUCUUCUCAGAUGAAAGACGUGCCUGUGAAACAAAGUCCCGCUAUGCUUGCUUACACACAUUUGCUUUCAAAGAUGGGAUCUGAAGGUCGAUACACUGUUUUAAGCGCCAUUGCAGAUAACUUGCGUUACCCCAAUAGUCACACUUGUUUCUUUAGUGCUUCCUUCUUGCAAUUGUUCGCCAGUCAAACGGAGAUUGUUAAAGAACAAAUCACAAGGGUAUUAUUGGAAAGACUAAUUGUCAAUCGACCUCAUCCAUGGGGAUUGUUGGCUUCGUUCAUUGAAUUGAUCAAGGAUCCUAGCUUCUGGAAGCAUGAAUUUAUUCGUUGCUCACCAGACAUUGAAAGACUAUUUGAGAAUGUUUCAAGGUAA